AUACAAACUUUCGUAAAGAUUUCGAACGAUGCCUUGAAAUGGACCCAAAUUGUGCCGAGUUUAAAACUGAACUAGAAGCCGCGAGAAAAGAACGCGAUGAAGAAAACAAGCGCCAAGGCUAUAACGAGGAUGAUGCUGACCGCUAUGAUGUUGAUUCAGAUUACGAAGCCAAACUGGUCUUCAAUCUGGGACGGGACUUUGCCCCGGAACGUACUGUGCAUGUCCUGGAUUGUCCAUCAGAUUCGGAAGAACAUCAACAUAAAGGCAAAGGUAAAGGCAAAGGGGUCAAGCUACCCUGUCGAUACUACAACCAUAAGGGUUGUCAAUUUGGGAAAGUGUGUCGUUACAAGCAUGCCCCAGACGACAGAAGUAUCAGAGAUGAAUUAGGUCGUAAUGUUUGUUUGCAUUUCCUCAUUGACCGAUGUAAAUUCGGUGAUCAGUGCUGGUAUGCGCAUGAAAAAAUGUAUCUCCCUCCGAAUGGAUGGUGGAAUGAAGAGAAUCUCGGUGGCUGGCAAGAGCUUUACGAUCUCGUCAAGGAUGAUAUGGACGAUGGCGUAUUUGACCGAAUUGGGAGCGCGAUGAACGGGACCGCAGAUAUCUGGCGCAUUCGUGACAACUUGGAUAUGUUGGUAGAUGAUUGGCAGAAUGCGGCUGAUUACGGCUCUGAUGACGAUUCUGACGACGAUUUCUAUGGGCUGGGAAUAACUCGUGGACCUAGAGGAAGAGACAUGCAAUUUGAGAGGGAAAUGGAGGAAAGAGCUGGAAAUAUGGGUUUUACUGAAGAUGAAGUGAACGAACUCCUCUGCCAAGGAGUGAAACCUUGGGAUGAUGAUGCAUGGGAUGUAUUGAAUGCGUUGAACAACUACUGAAAAUUGAUUCGUACGAUGCUGUUUCUGAUAAUGAAUCAUAAUAAUUCUUCAUGUACUUACAAUAUUGUCUGCUAUCGCCGCAAGCUGCGGCCAGUCGAAUACCGUUGACGAAACAGAACAAAUUUACCUGCACAAUGAUAAUGUUCAUAAUCACCUUC